CAGGCAGGCGGUGGAGCAGCAGCGGCGGGAGUCCAUGAAAGUCCGCGAGCGCAUCAGGAACGCCAACACCGGGGACUACGAACCAAAGCGGACUUUCACUGGAUAGACGGACCAUAGCGGACUGACCGAGUGUUUGUUUGUUUGUUUGGCAACACCAACUCGGCACAAUGGCAGCCCUUCCGUCCCUCAACGAUGACCAGAUGAAGUUGGUGCAGGACCUGGAGAUAGAGAUGCUGUCAGACAUGUACACCAGGAUGACCAACGCCUGCCACACCAAAUGCAUACCCACCAAGUACAAGGAUGCGGAGGUUGGGAAGGGGGAGGCCGUCUGUAUAGAUAGAUGUGUCGCCAAGUACUGGGAGAUCCAUGAACGUGUGGGGAAGAAGCUGCAGAAGAUGUCCUCGGCGGAUGAAGAGGCGCUAAAGAAGAUUGCAGCCGAGCAGGAACAAGUGCAGUAAAGUAAUGUAGAUGAGUUGCAAAAGCUUAAGAUGUACACAAGUUAGAUAGGAGAGUUUAUAAAGAGUAACAAUGAG